UGGCGCGCAGCUUGAUGACGUCACGUCACAGUCGCGCUUAAGUUUUCCCUGCGCAUGCGUGCUGCCCUCUUUUCUGGUGGUGAAGAUGGCGGGGACAGAGGAGAAGAAGAAGCUGCCGUCCGUUCCAGAAAGCCUUUUAAAAAGGCGAAAAGCCUUCGCGGCAGCAAAGGUCCGAAGGGUCAAGCGAAUUCUGACCACAAAAAAGGUCCGUAAAGAAAAAAGGAAGAUAAUCUACAAGCGGGCAGAGGGCUACUACAAGGAAUACAGGCAGAUGGCCAGGCGCGAAAUUCGCCUGGCCAGAAUGGCCCGAAAGGCCGGAAGCUAUUAUGUCCCUGCUGAACCUAAGUUGGCAUUUGUUGUUCGAAUCAGAGGCAUCAAUGGGGUCAGCCCAAAGGUUCGCAAAGUGUUGCAACUCCUCCGGCUACGUCAGAUCUUCAACGGCACUUUUGUAAAACUCAACAAGGCUUCUAUCAAUAUGUUGAGAUUGGUAGAGCCCUACAUUGCCUGGGGGUACCCCAAUCUGAAGUCUGUGAAGGAGCUCAUCUACAAGCGUGGAUACCUGAAGAUCAGAAAGCAGCGUAUUCCCUUGACUGACAACUCUCUGAUUGAGAAGCACCUUGGCAGGCGUGGCAUAAUCUGUGUUGAAGAUCUGAUCCAUGAGAUCUACACAGUUGGCAAAAACUUCAAAUCCGCAAACAACUUUCUCUGGCCCUUCAAGCUGUCUUCUCCCAGGGGUGGCAUGAAGAAGAAAACCACACACUUUGUGGAAGGUGGCGAUGCUGGUAACCGGGAGGACCAGAUCAACAGACUGAUCAGGAAGAUGAACUAAAAGGUUUCCCAUUGACGCUUCCCACUCUGGCCUGUUAAUAAUAAAAUCCAGUUACAAAA